UGUGCCAGGACACAUCCCCUCCCCCCCCCCCCCCCCGCCCAACAUGGCAGAAAGCCGCGAGCCCCGGGGCGCAGUGGAGGCCGAGCUGGACCCGGUGGAGUACACGCUCCGGAAGCGGCUCCCGCACCGCCUGCCCCGCAGGCCCAACGACGUGUAUGUCAACAUGAAGACGGACUUCAAGGCGCAGCUGGCCCGCUGCCAGAAGCUGCUGGACUGUGGGGCCCGGGGCCAGAGCGCCUGCAGCGAGAUCUACAUCCACGGCCUGGGCCUGGCCAUCAACCGCGCCAUCAACAUCGCCCUGCAGCUGCAGGCGGGCAGUUUCGGGGCCCUGCAGGUGGCCGCCAACACCUCCACAGUGGAGCUGGUAGACGAGCUGGAGCCCGAGACGGACACGCGGGAGCCGGUGAUCCGGAACCGCAACAACUCGGCUAUCCACAUCCGAGUCUUCAGGGUGGCGCCCCAGUAGCCGAGCCAGAGGUGGCUCUUCUGUGCCAGGCGCCGUGGCGGGCCUCCUGCCACAUCCCUGGGGACAGAGCCCGCAGAACUCGGGGUGCGCGGGGCUGUUGUGUCCUGUCGGCCCCUGCUUGUGGGUCUUUCCCCAUGUCCGUGAACUGGAACUGUGGUCUUCUGCACUAAGGGGGUGUGUGACCACCUACCUCCAAUAAAUUUUUUUUUGUCUUGUU